CUGGCAGGAUCACUUCACCGCAGGUCCGGUUUUAGGAACGCCGCCUGGAACCCGAUCGGCGAGUUGAAUUAUACAAACGCGCGAAAGAGGCACAGCGUUGGCAGAGUGACGGAGAGGUAGUACAGGUUAGAUGUUCAAAUCGUCGCGGGCCACUGCGUCUUCUCUUCAUUCCCGCAAAGCACUUCGGGAUAUCUGCGACGGACGUCAACGGAUAUCGAUACAACCGGAGUUGACCGGAAAGUUCAAGUCUAUUAGUCAAAGUUCAAGUUCGAGAACCGGUUAACGCACUUCCUGGGAGACGACGACCUUCAGACCUCGUAAAACCGGAUUGAAGACGAGCACCUGCGACGACGGCCAUCAAUUGACUUUGAAAACACUGCUAGAGAAGCACCCAGAAGCUGUUCAUCUUUGUGUUAAGCAGGGCAGAGACGAAUGUACUGGUGUUACCUUACGGGCCCUCUAAGUCACAAUACGUGUUAUUUUUUUUGUAUGGCUGUUCCCCUCGAAAGCCGACCACGUUAAUAUUUGACGAAUAUUGAAUGUCAUUGACAAGAAUAUUGCUCGUACUGAAUGCCACACAAAGAGCCAUAAACCUUUCCACAGGGAAAUAUUUUUGUUUAAAAGAACAUAAUAGAGAAGCAAGAAAGUAAAAAUAUAAAACAGGCACAUCAGUGAAUUUCGCGAUCAAGGCGAAGAAAUAAAAGGCAUGGACGCAUUUAUCUUUACGUGGUCAUAUCGCUGGAAAUUUCAAGACGUAUGAAAACUGGUCAACGCCAGUAAAUACUUUCUUUGAGACCCCGCAAAAGCUGUUUUGACAAGAUAAAGCAAAAUACAAGUCAAGGAGAGCGACAGUUGCUACUGGUGCACUAGAUUAGGACUGAUAUUCUUGAGAAGACACAGUCUAGAUAGAGGCUAACGCACGUGAAAGCGAUGACAGAUGGGACAUAUUGAAUAGAAGAGACGGCGUUCAUCUGCAAAGGAGGAUCUGUAAAACAAUCGCUCGUAGCCUAUAUGAUAUGACAUCGAUGAGAUGAGGAAUUGAAAGAACAAUCGCGCCUUAUUUGAAACCUAUGUCUUGAAAGUCAGAAGUGCAGACAAAAGCGGACCAUUUCACAAGUGCUUCGUCGUUGGUGAUGAACAAGUUACACGAGACUGAAUUCGAUAAUCGAAGGAGAUACGUUUUUAGAGCAAUAAAGGAUAGCUGGUUAAUUGGGACAGCUAUAGGCCACUAGCGGGAUAUUGAGAAAAGAAGAAAGAACGACAGAAAGCAGCAAAAUGCCAGCACACACAUUUGUCGCUUUGGACUACGUGGUGUUGAUUUCACUACUGGUACUGUCGGCUGGAAUCGGCGUGCUGUUCGCCUGGCGCGACCGUCGAAAGAACAACAACAGACAGUUCCUGACAGCCAACAGGGAGCUCAGUUGGGUGCCGGUGUCCCUGUCAAUGAUGGCGAGUUUCCUCUCGAGCACUUCGGUGCUCGGCAUGCCUUCGGAGGUGUUCGUGCGUGGUUCGACUAUGUGGACUGGCGCGAUAGGGACAACUUUGGCGAUCCUCAUGGCUGCGUUCAUCUUCAUGCCCAUGUUCUACAAGAUGGACGUCACCAGCAUCAACGAGUACCUGGAGAAGAGGUUUUCGUCACGGGGCGUCAGGAAAAUGGGAUCGAUAAUUUUUAUCGCACACACGAUGAUUUACCUGGGUGUGGCGUUGUACGGUCCUUCACUGGCUCUUGGAUCUGUGACCGGUUUACCGGUAUGGUCUUCUAUACUCGUGAAUGGGGCCGUCUGCACAUUCUAUACAUCAAUAGGCGGUAUCAAGGCUGUGGUAUGGACCGACGUCGUCCAAGUGGUCCUCAUAUUCACUGCAUACAUCAUGGUCAUCGCAUGCGGCUUGCAUUACUUGGGAGGCUUCGGUGUCAUGUGGCAGAACGCGAAGAAUGGAGGCCGCGUGAUAUUCACUAAUUUCGACACAAGCCCGUACGAGACGUACACUACGUGGACAAUGGUUCUUGGUUUUACCGUCACGCUGAUGGGCAUGUACUGCGCCAAUCAGACACAGGCGCAGCGCUAUACCAGCAUCGGAUCAUUGAAAGGCGCCCGCAAAGCUCUGAUGCUGAACGUUCCGGGCAUGGCGCUUAACAUGAUAAUGACUGUGCUGUCAGGGCUGACUCUGUACGCAGUGUAUGGGCGCUGCGAUCCCAGACUUACGGGAGACAUCCGCAAGGCAGACCAG